GGAUUCCCGAGACGAAACAGAAAUUCCAAAAAAAUCCAUCGAAAAUAUGCAAACAUCUUCAUCUUUUGAUGAUAUUAUUAGAUUUGAAGAAUAUGGUGUAUGCUCCCAAUGUCAAAAAUUUAAUACAAAUUAUGGAUGGUGUAUAUUAUGUGAUCCUAAAAAAUUGAAUCAAGGGUGGACGAGUGGAAAUACAGAAAUUGAUGAAUUUAUCAAAGAAACUCAACUCAUAGCUGAGUCAUAUACGGAGAAUUUUCUUGAAUGGAUUCCAUUUGAUAGAUUCGAAAAUAUUGUUAAGAUAGGGGAAGGAGGAUUUAGCACCGUUUAUCGUGCAACUUGGAUGGAUGGAUAUAGAGUAUUAUGUUUUGACAAUAAUUUAUACGAACAGAAUGUACCAUCACGUAGCAAACCAGUUACAGUGGCAUUAAAAACUCUGGGAAAAUUUAUGAAAGCCUCAAGUGAUUCUUUACGAGAGUUUAAAACUCAUUAUAAUUGUGGUAGAUUGACAAUCCAAGUAUAUGGAUUUACCCAACAUACAUCUACUAAAGAAUAUAUGGUGAUUCUCACAUAUGCUGAUAAAGGAGAUCUUCGGGACUAUUUAUCUUCUAAUUUUUGCAAUCUCAAUUGGGAAAAAAAAUUAACAUUGCUUUACACAUUAUCUAAAGAUUUAUUCCCAAUUCAUAAUGCUGGCUAUACGCAUGGUGACUUUCAUAGUGGAAAUAUUUUACAAUUAAGUAAUAAAAGUGAUCUUAAUGACGAUAUUAUUGCAUCAUCUGCUCCUGCAUCAUAUGCCGCAAUACAGUAUGUUCCUAAUUUAGAUACAGAUAUUUGUUCAUACAUUGCUGACUUGGGAUUAUCAGCUCCUAAAGGUAAAUUGAAUGAUGAAGUAUAUGGUGUAUUGCCAUAUGUUGCGCCAGAGGUUUUACGUGGAGAUCCAUACACAGCUGCUGCUGAUAUUUACAGCUUUGGUAUUGUGAUGACAGAAGUAUCGACUGGCAGGCCUCCGUUUAAGGAUUAUCCAUUUGAUAUCAGUCUUGCACUCAAAAUCAACAAAGGGUUAAGGCCAGAAUUUGCAGAAGGAACUCCAGAAUGUUAUAUUAAAUUAGCAAACCAAUGCAUGGAUAAUGACAGUUCAAAACGACCACGUAUAAAAAGAAUUCAGGCAAUAUUGUUUAAUUGGAGAAAUAUAAUUCAAGGAAUGCAAGGGAUACUAGGAGAUUCAUCUGCAGGGGAGAUUAAAAUCAAAAAAGAAUUUGAAGCUUCCGAUAAAAUAAUUCCUAUUUUUACAACAACCUUGCAAAAACAUCAAGAAGUUUACAGAAGCCAGCGAAUUCCAAAUUUAAUAAAUUAUGAUGAUGAAGUUCAAAAGAACUCCUCUAAUGCUACAGAUUCUCUUGAAAAUUUUUCGAUUUCUGACUUUGAUUAAUUUACAUCUACGGAUAAAAUUCAUACGUGAUAUUCAUUUCACACCAGAAAAGUAAUACGUAUCUUACGCGAAGGAUGAUCAAAACAUUACGUAAACUAAAUUCGAUAUGAUAAUGAUAAUAAAAAUUUUGUUUACCUUAUAAAAAAUAUCUAUACUGUAAAUUAGACAUAAAGUUCGUAAGAUGUGGUACAUCAUGUAAAAUAUUUUGUUAAAUAAUAAAAAUUG